AAUAAGAUUACAUACUCGAUGAGUGAAUGCGCGCGAGAUAGGUGUUUGCCUACUCUCUUGACACAUUUCUUAUAGACAUGCUUUUCCGUGUAUGUAGCCCUUCUCUCUUAUUCAGCCCCGAUCUGUCAAAAGAUGUGAACGUUAGACAGGAGAUUGAGAUAUGCUUACGAAUCUCGGUUAAUUGCAAUUAAUUAAUCAGGGCCGCGUCCGAUUGAGCCGAGACGAGUCUCAUCAAUGCGCGCGAGAAGGGACCCUUUAAAGUGAUAUCGCGAGCAAGGCAUUUAAUUUUUUUUUAAUGCGGUCAUGGCACUCCGCAAGGUAAAGGGCAACUUCGAACGAAUGUUCGAUAAAAAUCUGACGGAUCUGGUGCGCGGGAUCAGAAACAACAAGGAAAAUGAGGCGAAAUACAUCGCGCAAUGCAUCGAAGAGAUCAAGCAAGAAUUAAGGCAAGAUAAUGUGGCGGUCAAAGCAAACGCUGUGGCUAAGUUAACAUAUCUCCAGAUGUUGGGGUAUGAUAUUAGUUGGGCCGGCUUUAAUAUAAUAGAAGUGAUGUCAUCAGCAAAAUUCACUUAUAAACGAAUUGGCUAUCUUGCUGCAAGUCAGAGCUUUCAUGCAGAUAUAGAGCUAUUGAUGUUAACAACAAAUAUGAUUCGUAAAGAUUUAAAUAGCCAAAACCAGUACGAUGCUGGCUUAGCGCUAAGCGGAUUGUCUUGCUUUAUUAGUCCGGAUUUAGCGCGAGAUCUGGUUCAUGACAUAAUGACGUUGUUGACCUCUACAAAGCCAUACUUGCGCAAGAAAGCAGUCUUGAUGAUGUAUAAAGUAUUUCUGAGAUUUCCUGAGGCCUUGAGACCAGCUUUUCCCAGGUUGAAGGAAAAACUCGAAGAUCCGGACAGCGGUGUUCAAAGCGCAGCAGUAAACGUAGUUUGCGAGUUAGCCAGAAAAAAUCCAAAGAAUUAUUUGAGCUUAGCGCCUGUUUUUUUUAAGCUAAUGACAACAUCUACAAAUAAUUGGAUGCUUAUCAAGAUUAUCAAAUUGUUUGGAGCAUUGACACCUCUAGAACCUAGGCUUGGCAAAAAGUUAAUAGAACCCCUUACCAAUUUGAUACACAGUACAUCUGCAAUGUCCUUACUGUAUGAAUGUAUCAAUACAGUAAUAGCUGUAUUGAUUUCUAUAUCCUCCGGCAUGCCAAAUCAUUCCGAUUCGAUACAGUUGUGUGUUCAGAAAUUGAGAAUACUGAUAGAGGAUUCUGACCAAAACUUAAAAUAUUUGGGAUUGUUGGCGAUGUCAAAAAUAUUGAAGACACAUCCAAAAAGUGUGCAAGCUCACAAAGAUCUUAUUAUGCAAUGUCUUGAUGAUAAAGACGAAAGUAUAAGACUGCGUGCCUUGGAUUUGUUGUAUGGAAUGGUUUCCAAGAAAAAUCUAAUGGAGAUAGUUAAAAAAUUAAUGGUGCAUAUGGACAAAGCUGAAGGCACCACUUAUCGUGAUGAAUUGCUCUCAAAAAUUAUUCAGAUUUGCUCACAAAACAACUAUCAGUUCAUUACCUAUUUCGAGUGGUACAUAUCUGUAUUGGUAGAACUUACACGAAUGGAGGGCACCAAGCAUGGAUCACUAGUAGCAACUCAGUUACUUGAUGUAGCAAUUCGUGUACAAGCUAUACGAAAAUACGCGGUUCAACAAUGUGCCUUACUGCUUGAGAAUUCAUAUCUAUUAACUGGCCAGCCAAGGGCGACAAUGUCCGAGGUUUUAUAUGCAGCAGCAUGGAUUUGUGGAGAAUUCUCCAGUGAAUUGGAAGAUCCUUUGGCGACAUUACAAUCUAUGUUGCGAUCGCAAGCUUCUAGUUUGCCAGGGCAUAUACAGGCAGUUUAUGUUCAUAAUAUAUUAAAAUUGGCUGCAGCGACAUUUGCUAAAGCAGAAAAAGAAAAAGAUACUGGAACUAUGGAAAAGAUUUAUGGAUUGAAAGACAAAAUAGCAGCUUUUGUCUGUAGUGGCGAUUUGGAAGUUCAAGAAAGAUCAAGUUCUGCAUUGGUAUUGCUCGAGUGCUUAAAAGAAAAUCCUGGUCUUGCACAGGAAUUAAUGGAGGCUUUUGAAGGUGAACUUAAUCCAGUUGCACCAAAAGCUCAAAGAAAAGUUCCAAUACCAGAAGAUUUGGAUUUAGAUUCCUGGAUCAAUGAUCCACCUUCAGAGAGCUCAGACUCAGAAGAUUUAGAUAUGAAUGAUAUUUUUGUUAAGGCAGAGAAGCCAAACGAUUCAUACUCCAAACGGCAAUUGAGCGAACCGUCGCUGGAAGAACUUGAGAGGAGGCGUGAAGCGAGAAAACUAGAACAAGAAAAUAAUCCUCACUAUCUAAAAGGCUCAUUUAAGACAUCGACAUCAUAUCACAAUUCAUCGAGCGCAUACGAAGACUUCGAGAACAUUCCUGUUGCAGAAUUAGACAUCCCAAUCUCUUUAAAAAUUUCAAACAACUUGCAUAGAUGUCGAGAUAUAGAUAGCAGCCAUAAAAGGCAUAAAAAGCAUGAAAAGAAGAAGAAGUCGAAACAGAAUAAAAAUAAAAAAUCUGCAUCUGCAGAAGAGGAUGAACUGGAUGACAGUUUACCAUUACAAAUAGUGAAUACUGGUAUAGGGGAACUACCUCCAGGUGCAGAAAUAAGUGACAGUGACGAUUACGAUUUAGUAGACGCGAAUGAUCCACAUAGAGCUUUGAAUAUCGAUUUGGAUAUGCCUUUACGAGAGGAUGAAAGAUUGCCUGUCCUAGAACAUAGAGUUAUUGAAAAUGAUACGACGAAGAAGAUUGAGGAAAAAGGAAGCAAAAAGGAAAAAGGACAUAGAAAGUCUAAAAGAAAAAUCAAGGAUGCCAUGGAAAACAAAUUAAAUGAUCAAGCAGUGAAUAAUCAAUCGUCUGACUUAUGGUUGGAAAGUAAUUCGUCUCCUGAGAAAGUGCAGUCUCCUGAUGUUGGAGGAUACACAGAAGUGUCCAACGAGUUACAGAAAGAUAGUAAACGCAAAAAGACAAAGAGUCAAAGCAAGCAUAAGAAGUCCAAUGAAGGGGACGCGAAACAUAAAAAAUCGAAAAAGUCGAAAAGUAAGAAAGAAAAUAAAUCGUUGGAUUAUGAGGAAACGGCGGGAAUAUCCACUCCAUCGAAAGAAAUAUUACCAGAGUUGAAGAACGAUAUUACGAAUUCCGAGUAUAAUACGAACUCUGUACAACAAAAUAUGUUCUACGAAGAAUUAGCCAAGAAUAAGGUCAUUUCCAUGACAUAUGAAUUGAGGCAAAUUCCUCACGACACAAGUAAAGUUAUUGUAUCAAUUUGCAUAACAAAUAUAGGUCAGCCGCUUGUGAAAGAAUUAGUUUUUGAUGUUCCUGAUACAUCGUUACUCAAAUUAGUUAGAGAUCCCGGAGAUGAAUUUGGGAUAAAACUGCCGUUCCAACUGCCUCUGCAAUCUAGUAAAGAAACUCAGUUUACUGUUCUAGUCUCGGACGUGACGUUUGCUCAGAGACUUAGAGGUACACUGACAUACAUGUUUGAAAGUAAAAAUGGCAUGGAACAAGAGAAGCUCGAUUUUACCGUGCACUUGUCAUGUAGCAAAUUUAUGGUUGGACAUCUUUCUCAUAAGGACAUACUUACGGAACUUCUCAAAAGCGGUCAAUUAAUAUCUAAGACUAGAAAAGAAGUAACAGUUUCUUUGGAUUUUGAUAUGGUUCUAAAUAUUAUCUGCCGCAAAUGCAAUCUCACACUUGUGGAACAGAUUGACGAUACUGCAUCAUUAUACGGACACUCUCUGAGGGGACAUCAUGUGUGCCUUUUGUUAAAAUACAAUAGAGUGACAGGAAAUUUAAUAAUCGAUGGUAAAGGUGACAAUAAUUCAUUACUGUGGGGAAUUGGAGAAGAGAUAUCAAGGAUCCUGAUAUAAUACUGAUUUAAACUCAAGUGUCUAUAUUUUACAAUUAUUGAUUCCUACCAUACAUUAAUUACAUACAUUUGUGGCAGCAAGAGGAACACUUGGGGAUUGUAUCUGUUAUACAUAAAAUACAAACAUAUAGCGGCUAUAUAUAUAGCGUGUACUUUGCAAACCCAUUAAAUAUUUUCAGAAAGAAUCUUACCUAAAUUUUAAGUGUAAUCUAAAUCAUACAGUUUGUUAAAUAUUUAAGAGAUAUACAUAUGUAUACAUGCGUACUAUAUAUACAUGUAUAAAUAUAUAUACACAUAUACAUGUCUAUAUGUGUGAAGCGGAGUUUUGAAA